AUGGCCAUGACUCGAUUGUAUCUGGGCCAAGACAUGGCGCAGCUGGAAACUUUCUGCUUGGAGACCCCCGAGGAAAUUCCCAAAUGGAAACAAGAUACCCGCGGUGGGGCUAGUCUUAUUGCAGUUCAGCAAGUUUCACGCGCUCUGCAAGGCAAGACAGAAUCCCGCUCUGCCGACGGCAUCAUGUCAGAUGCCAAUCACAACACAUCCGAGUAUAUGAUGCACUUGGAUAUUAACUCUACCAAUGCUGAUAGACCCCGUGACAUCUACUGGGGUCUUGCCAUGAUCCCCCUGUUUCUGUUCGGUCACCACACCAGAACGAUUCAAGUGGGUACUCAACUUUUGUUCACCAGGCACAGGCUUUGGUCAGCACGCGUGUCCUACGUGAUUUAUUUCUAUCUGGCAGCCUCACUCCUCACACUUCAUAAUGACAAUCCCUCCCAAGGAUAUCUCGACGGCAAGAUGGACACACUGUUGGAAUACAAGGCCGAGAUCGAUUUUGCUCGAGAUGCAUCAGAAGUAAAUUAUGGCAUGUGGGCUCUAAUUUUAGAAGCCCUGAUCUCCGAGGUUCGCAACGAUCAUAGCGGUGCCAUCCAGAGUUUCGAGUCUGCGAUCGACCAUUGUCAAAUCCAUGGUUGGCCCCUUGAAGAAGCCUUGGCCCUCGAGCUGCAGGGCGAGUUUUUGGUCAGACGUGGAGCAAAGAGGGCCGCUCGUGCUGUAAUCCAAGAUGCUAUCGCUUCCUGGAGCGCUAUUGGCGCCGGUGGCAAAUCGUCGCAGCUUGCUGAGAAGCAUGAAUGGUUACUCAAGACGGCCACCUCAGCAAAAACCGUCGAUGUUGGCUGCCAGACUAUUGAUUCUCUUCUUGAGAUCAGCCGUGAUGUUGUGCAAGAAGAGAUUCUGGUCCCCCAGCAGAUGGAAGAGGAUGAGAGAAGACAACAGUGGAUUGAGCAAAACGGUGUUGCUGCUGGAGAACGGUCUCUAGACAUAUCAAGUGUCGGGCUAGACAUUAUUGACUUGUCCAGCAUUCUCGAGUCCAGCCAAGUCAUGUCGUCCGAGCUUCAAAUUGACAAGCUUUUCAUGAAAAUGCUUGAGAUCAUCUUGGAGUCUUGCAACGGUUCCGAUUUUGCCAUCAUUGCUACAGACUUUGAUGACAACAACGGCUUUGCAAUUGCCGCAGCAGGUGAUUCGGAAAAGGGCCAGAAAUCAUUCCCAGAAGGUCUCCCUUUCUCGGAAAUGGAGGAUCGAAUGGCCUUGCAUAUCUCGGAUUAUGUCAUGCGCACAAAGGAAGAAGUUCUUGUUCACAACGUUCUCGAGGAUGAACGGUUUUCCAACGUGAGCGAGACGUACCUGGCAAAUUACCCCACGGGUCGGUCUGUUAUCGCAUUGCCAGUCGUACAAGGAGAUCGCCUUCUCGGCGUCAUCCAUCUGGAAGGAAAACCAAAUUGGUUCACUCAACGCAAUGUUGUGGUCCUGCAUCUGCUUUGCAACCAGAUUGGUAUUUCGUUGUCCAACGCGUUGCUCUUCCGUGAAAUUCGCAAGGUCAGCGCCAAGAAUGCCUCUAUGAUUGAGUCCCAAAAGCGUGCAUUGGCCUUGGCACGCGAGGCCGAACAGAAGGCAAAGAAUGCGGAGGCCGAAGCCAAGCACAAUGUGAAACUAAAGGAAGACGCAGCAAGGGCCAAAUCAAUUUUCCUCGCCAAUAUCUCUCACGAUCUGCGUACUCCGAUGAAUGGCGUGAUUGGUUUAUCGGAACUCCUCAAGGGAACUUUCCUUGACAAGGAGCAAGAUGAAUACGUUGAAUCGAUUCGUGUGUGUGCUGAUACCUUGCUCACCCUCAUCAACGACAUUCUCGAUUUCUCGAAGCUCGAGGCCGGAAAAAUGAAGAUCUCCACGGUCCCACUCAAUCUAAAACAGACCAUAUCGGAGGUCAUCCGGGCUUUGCGGUACACACAUCGUGACAGAGGCCUAGAGACUAUCGAGAACCUCGAUAAGGUACCACCAGAGCUCGUUGUUCUUGGCGAUCCUGUUCGUCUCCAUCAGAUUUUCAUGAAUCUCCUCAGCAACAGUUACAAGUUCACUCCUGCUGGAUCAGUUACGGUCAAAGCGAGGGUUGCACGUGAGGGCAAAGGCCGGGUUCGCCUUGAAUGUUCGGUCGCCGACACCGGCAUCGGUAUUCCAGAUGAACAAAAAGCUCGCCUUUUCAGACCAUUCUCACAGGCUGAUGCAUCCACAGAAAGAUCAUAUGGCGGAAGUGGACUUGGCCUGUCAAUUUGUAAAGCUAUCAUUGAAGAUGUUCUCGGUGGAGCUAUCUGGCUUGAAUCGAAAUCUGGAGUUGGAACGACCGUGACAUUCCACUUGGUCUUUAGCAAAGCACCCAAGAAGACGGCAGUCAAGACUGCAUGGUCACAAGAUCUGAGCAAUGCAGAAAACGAAGUCCGUCGGUCCUCAGCUCGCGACCUCACCCAAAUCCCUCGUGAUCAGAUCCGAGUCUGCAUUGCCGAAGACAACCCAAUCAAUCAAAAGAUCGCCGUCAAAUUCGUCACUGGCCUUGGCCUCCAAUGUAACGCAUACAGCGAUGGCAAACAAGCUGUCGAUGCUCUACGUGCAAGCUCUCAAGAAGGCAACCCAUUCCACGUGGUCCUCAUGGACGUGAUGAUGCCCACUCUUGACGGAUAUAACGCGACCCGUGAGCUGCGACGGGAUCCCGACCCGAAUGUAAACGAAGUGCUCGUCAUCGCCAUGACCGCAAGUGCCAUCGAAGGUGAUCGCGAGAAAUGCCUCGAGGCUGGCAUGAACAAUUACCUCCCGAAACCGGUCCGCUCGCCCAUUUUGAGCGAAUUAUUGGACCGAUAUCUCGCUCCUGCGCCGCCAUCCUACCCCAAGUCUCGCCUUGCUAUCCGAGAAAAGCGCUCGAAAGCAAGUAUAGAUGGUGGUGCCGGAACACCUACCAGUUACUCUUCUUCGGCUUCAGAUGAACCGAAAGUAUUGUCACUGGAAAAGAAAUGA